AAGUAGCGUAGCGACCGGCGCUUUGGUGAGUUUGACGUGGCACUCUGCUUUCACAGAGAACCGUGGAGAGGACUCUGCCCAGUAUUCAGGUUGCCAACUCAUUGAUCCUGGCAUGAGAAGACAGUAACAUCCCAUCAAGAUGAGUCAACAGGGUUAUGUUGCUGCACCCCCGUACUCCCAGGCCCAGCCCGGGAUGGGGGGCUACCAGGGUGGGUUCGGAGCUGGUCCUGCACAGCCCCUCUAUGGGCACUAUGGGGGUCCGCCUCAGACAUUCAACGGUCCACCAACAGGUAUGAUGAAGGCACCAGUCUCCUCUGCAGUUGGGAUGCCUCCACCUGCAGCGCCCAGUCAGUACAAUCCAAAUGUCCAGCAGAACGGCGCACAUCCACAAAGAUACCCUCCACCAGCUACUCCUGCUUCUUAUGGACAGCCUUCACAGUCGCAGUACAACAACAUGGCCCCCGCGGCCCCCCCUCCAGCUCAGCAGCUCACCAAUCAGAUGAGUACCAUGAACCUGGGCAGCUAUGCCUCGGGUCCUAUGCAGAGCCCCCCCCCUCCAACAAACUCUGUUGCCCAGCAGCCUUUCCAACCAGCACCCCCUCCAGCAAUGGGCCAGCCGAUGAUGCCACCAGGACCACAGUCCCCCCACAUGUCCCCCCACAUGUCUGCUCCACAGUCUCCCCAAGCAAACAUGCCAAUGGCAGGCCCCCCAAUGGCAGGCCCCCCAAUGGCCGCACCACCAAUGGGAGGCCCCCCCAUGUCAGGCAUGGGUCGACCCUUUCCCGGCCCCCUUCCUCCAGGCCCCGGAGGUUUCCAGCAGCCUGGUCCUGGACCUGCUGGUCCAACUGGAUACCCCCAGCAAGCAGGUCAGUUUGGGGGACACAUGGCAGGGCCUCAGCCUGGCAUGCCUGGUAUGAUGGGGCCUCAGCCUGGCAUGAUGGGGCCUCAGCCUGGAUCAGCAGGCGGACUGGCAGGACCACCACAGAAGAAACUGGACCCUGACUCUAUCCCCAGCACCACUCAAGUCAUUGAGGAUGACCAAGCAAAACGAGGGGGACAGGUGUACAACACGAACAUCAGAGGACAGGUUCCCCCGCUGGUCACCACUGAGUUCCCCAUACAGGACCAAGGCAACGCCAGCCCCCGGUUCAUCCGCUGCACCACCUACUCCCUGCCCUGCACCGCAGACCUGGCCAAACAGUGCCAAGUUCCGCUGGCCGCCAUCAUCAAACCUUUCGCCAGUGUGCCCAAGAAUGAGACUCCUCUGUAUGUUGUGAACCAUGGUGAGACCGGCCCGAUCCGCUGCAAUCGAUGCAAAGCCUACAUGUGUCCCUACAUGCAGUUUAUUGACGGAGGGCGUCGCUUCCAGUGUGGCUUCUGCAACUGUGUCAAUGAAGUGCCAGCCUUCUACUUCCAACAUUUGGACCACAUGGGCAGGAGGGUAGACUUCUACGAGAGGCCAGAGCUGUCCCUGGGCUCCUACGAGUUUGCCGCCACCCUGGACUACUGCAAGAACAACAAGGUUCAAAAUCCUCCUGCCUACCUCUUCAUGAUCGAUGUGUCCUAUAACAACGUUAAGAGUGGACUGGUCAAACUGAUUUGUGAUGAGCUGAAGACUCUGCUGGACAAUCUGCCAUGUGAGGACGGCUCGGAGAGCUCCGCCAUUAAGGUGGGCUUCGUCACCUACAACAAGGUGCUCCACUUCUACAACGUGAAGAGCGCUCUGGCCCAGCCGCAGAUGAUGGUGGUGUCGGACACAGCGGAGAUGUUCGUCCCCCUGCUCGACGGAUUCCUCGUCAACUAUCAGGACUCCAGAGCCGUUAUCUACAACCUCCUGGAUCAGAUCCCUGAUAUGUUUGCAGACUCCAACGAGAGUGAGACAGUCUUUGUUCCCGUCAUCCAGGCCGGCGUGGAGGCAUUUAAGGCAGCAGAGUGCAGCGGGAAGCUCUUCAUCUUCCACUCCUCCAUGCCCACCGCCGAGGCUCCGGGCAAACUGAAGAACAGGGACGACAAGAAGCUGGUGAACACCGACAAAGAGAAAACGUUGUUCCAGCCUCAGAAAGGAGUGUAUGAGCAGCUGUCGAAGGAUUGUGUGGCGCAGGGCUGCUGUGUGGACCUCUUCCUCUUCCCCAGUCAGUACGUGGACGUGGCCACCAUGGCUGACGUGCCCUCACACACCGGAGGCUCCGUCUACAAGUACAACAACUUCCAGGUGGAGACGGAUGGGGAGCAUUUCCUGACAGACCUGAGGAAAGACGUGCAGAAGAGCAUCGGCUUUGACGCCAUCAUGCGUGUUCGCACCAGCACAGGGUUCAGAGCCACAGAGUUCUUCGGAGCGAUCCACAUGAACAACACCACAGACAUCGAGAUGGCGGCGGUGGAUUGUGACAAGGCUCUGACCGUAGAGUUCAAACACGACGACACACUCAGCGAGGAGACCGGAGCACUCAUGCAGUGUGCAUUGCUGUACACCACCAUCAACGGACAACGACGUCUCCGCAUCCACAACCUCAGUCUGAACUGCAGCUUGCAACUGUCAGAGCUGUACAAGAGCUGCGAGACAGACUCUCUCAUCAACUUCUUUGCCAAAUCAGCCUGCCGUGCCAUACUGAACCAGCCGCUGAAGAACGUGCGGGAGAUCCUGGUGAACCAGACGGCCCACAUGCUGUCCUGCUACAGGAAGAACUGCGCCACCCCCUCAGCUGCCAGCCAGCUGAUCCUGCCUGACGCCAUGAAGGUGUUCCCGGUCUACAUGAACAGCCUGAUGAAGAGCGCUCCUCUGGUUGGCAGCACGGAGCUCUCCACCGACGACCGCGCCCACCAGAGGCUCUCCAUCAUGGCCAUGGGGGUGGAGGACACACAGCUGCUGCUCUACCCACGCCUCACCCCACUGCACAACCUGGACGUGGGCAGCGAGGCUCUUCCCGCUCCGGUGCGAUGCUCCGAGGAGCGCCUCUCGGAGUCCGGCAUGUUCCUGCUGGAGAACGGACAAUCCAUGUUCCUGUGGCUGGGCCUGGGCAGCCCUCCGGACAUCGUGCAGAGCCUCUUCAACGUGCCCUCCCUGGCACACCUGCAGGGAAACAUGAGUGCUCUGCCAGAGCUGGACAACCCGCUGUCCGCAAAGGUCCGCUCCAUCAUCAGCGGCCUGAUGGAGAAGAGGCCGAACUCCAUGAAGCUGCAGAUCGUGCGGCAGAAGGACAAACCGGAGAUGUUGUUCCGUCAGUUCCUGGUGGAGGAUAAGAGUCUGCACGGAGGAGCCUCCUACAUGGACUUCCUGUGCUAUGUCCACCGAGAGAUCAGGCUGCUGCUCACUUAACACCCCUGUCUGCCGGACACACACACACACACCUCACAGGGUCAGUUCAUAAAGGACGGUUUUACAAAGACAGAGGAAGACACCCGAGCCAGCUAGAGCCAAAGCUGCCUUUCCAACGUAGUGUCCUUAAAGUAUGACCUUCAAAUAACCACUCGUCACUUGAGGAUCUACGAUACACAGCACAGCCAGUGACACUUGUUGUGAUGGAGUGUGGAGAUCAGAGCUUUGGCAUUAAGCAAUACAGCAUUUAUCUCCACUGUUUCACAUUUCACUUUGUAGAUUUACAGGAUCAGGACGAGGGGUUAUUUUGAGGCAAUACUGCUCACUUUGAAACUCGCCAGUCUCUGUUUUACGUGACUUUCUCCCAUAUAAAGACUGAAUAUGUAAUCGUUUUUAAAUCUUGUUCUCUUUUUUAAAUAUAAAUACAUGCUCAAAGAAAUUUUACAAUAUUUAAAACAUCUUAUAGAGGCUUCUACAUGUUAUCACACUUAUAGUGUCCUAGUGUCAAUGUGCCAAGUAAACAUACACGAAAAAUGUUAUAAUUUAAACCGUAACGCUGCUUAUGAAUGAUUCCUGUCAUUACACACGCCUUCCCUUUGGAACAUUUUGACCAUUUAAAACAAAGACCUAUCCUCUCAAUGUGCAGCGAUGCAGAAAAAACCUUUUGUUUCGUGUUCUGAGGUUAGAAUGAACACAGCUGUCGCUCUGCAGAGAGAACAUCGUUGGUCCUGAGGAAAAACAUGCUUCUUUUUGAGUCAGAACUUGAACAAAAAAAAACGAUGCUUAAGGGAAAGGACUGCCAAAGGUUUAGGGACCAAAGAAUACAACUGUCACAACUAUAUAACGAAAGAUAAAGAUCUGCUCUCUUGUUGGGAGGGAUUUAUUUUGAGGAUACUUUUCAGAUACCUCAGAAAAUUCCAUAACAUGAAAACAGUGCCAUAUAAUACCGUAAAUCUGACUUGUGCCAAAAUUGUCAGGACAAUAAAGUUAUUGGUUACUUUCAGACAUGGCUGCAACUAAUUAUGAUUUACAUUAAUUCAUCUGCUGAUUAUUUUUAAAACAAAUGAUUACUAUAAAAUGUCAGAAAAUACUGAAAAAGGUCCAUUCCAGUUCCUCAAAACAAGGUAUUUAAAGACAUUAUCUUGGACUUUGUCAGUCGGUUUAAUAUAUUUAAAACUAACACGAAACAAUUAUCAGUUCAUCUCCAUAUUCAGAGGCGGAAAAAUGCAUUUGUUUACAUUUUUGAAUCAAAACAUCAACAACAAAAGAUUAGAGGUUUAUAGUAAUAGUUUGUGUUUAUUUCUCUGUCAAAUGUCUAAUCGUUGCAGCUCUAAUGUCAGAUCACUUUUUUCUCAGCCCUUAUGUCUAAAAAAAGCCCAAAUUCAGUAAAAUAUUUGUACACCUGUCUGUUAUAAUGAUUUUUAACGUUUAUGGUACAGCAUUAGCAUUUUCUGUUUUGCAUCGAUUGUUUUUAUGGAGGUAAUCGCCUCUGUGUAAUUCAUGGAUGCAUUUGAUAAAUAUUCCACCAUUUUGUUUAUGUGAGGCCUACAAAGUCUUUUUGUACAUGAAAUACUUUCAAAAUGUAACCAUCUGCCUUAAGUUGCUAUAAUAAUAUUUGUUAAAACAUGUUGAAUAUAUAAAUAUAUAUGUGUCCUCGAGGUCUAUGGCUGAUUUCAAUCUCUUUGGUUUGUAUGCAAACUUAUCUCAGGUAAUUGAGUACCUUAAUAUUUGGAGUUGGACGAAGUGAUUUUAAUAACUGGAAAUAUGGACGGUUGUUGUUUUGAGUUGAUUUUUGGACCUUCAUGGGCUUUGGGUGCCAUGUGUAUUUUAUUCCAGACCCUCAACCAAUUUUGUCCGAAUAAAUUCUUGACAUAUCU